UAUAAAUAGCCCUUGUGCAUCUUCUUCCUCCAUCCGUCCCAUUUUCCGUUGCCUUUCCCCUUUGUAAGCUUACAGCGGUCGCCAGCUGCUCUCACUCUGCCGCUUCAUCUCCUCUGUCCGCUCGAAGUCGAUCUUCAUUGCCAUGGCCAGCGUUGAGGUUGCAGCGGGCGCCGUCGAGACCACCACAACCCCCGAAACAGUCAGCUUGGAGACCACAGUUGUGGAGGAGAAAGAAGCAACGCCUGAAGUAGUGGCGGAGGAGCCAGCUGCUGCUGCCGAUCAGGCAACUGAAGCUGUAGUGGUGGCAGAGGAGGAGAAGAAGGAGACGGUUGAGGAAGUGAAGGUGGAGGAGACUGCACAACCACCGGCAGAAGCAGAAGCAGAAGCAGAACCAGAACCAGAGGUGGUGACCAAGGAGGAGGAAGCGACACCAGCAGCACUGGAGGAAGAGGAGAAGAAGGAGGAGGAGGCUGUGGAAGAGAAGGCGGAAGCUGCACCGGUGGUGGCAGAGGAAGCAGCAACAGAGACGGAGGUCGUUGAGGCAAAGGCGGAAGCAGCAGCCCCGCCAGCAGCAGCUGCUGCUGCUGCUGAAGAGGUUGAGGCCCCAGCAGUUACCACCACCACUAGUGAGGAAACUGUUGAAGCAGUAGCGACAGAGACUACUGUGACGGAAUAGAUGCAGUUCGGUGACACAAGAUGUCGCGGAGGUUUCUUUGUUGUAGUUUCUUUUGAGCUUGUGUGGAGAUUUUUAGAGGCAACAGGAAAUAAUCUUAGGUUGUGGUUUGCAAUCUAGUCUUUGUCUCGGUUAAACCUUAGGGUUUAUCAUGUCUAUUUUUGUUUGAUAUGAUGUUGGUUUUUGGGAAGUGAUCAUGAUGCUUGUGUUGAGAGUGAA